UCUGCUAACCGAAUUACGCGGUUUCUUUUAAUUUAAAAAUUGAUUUAACCGAAAAUAAAUUUCACAUGAAAUAUUGAAAAAAUGUUGAGGAAUAUCGUCCUUUUCAUUGUUAAAUUUGAUUUGUCUUGAAAGUAACUAUCUUUAUUAUAUUAUUAGUCAAAAUUUUUCAAAGUAGUUUAUAUUUUAGUUAUAUUUCCGUUUAAUAUUAAAUAAUUUUCUUAGAAUAUAUUUGAAACUUAUAAUAAAUUAAUAAAAGCAUCUUUUAAAAGAAGAAAAUUAAAGAUUUUAAUUCUUUAAAUAAUGUUUUCUUUGUAUAUUUUUAUACAUACAAUAUUCUUUUAUCAAUGAUUACUAUUGAUUACUAUUAUUGGUAUCAAGUGCUAUUAUCCUGCCAUCUGGAAAUUAUGAUUUUACAAUUUGAUCUUAUCGAUCGAUAAUAUUGCCACUUUCAUAAUUCAUGCGAAUAAUUUUAUAUUUAAGAUGUUUCAUUAAAAUAAUUUAUAAUAUAUUUUGAUGUAUAUAUUCAUUUAAUGUAUAUAUUCAACGUUUGAUAUACAUUUCUCAUAUUUAUCGGUGAUCAAUAUAUUUCAAGUAAAUGAUCUAGACCUACAAUCAUGUUUUUGGCUUUGUUUCAAUUUUAGAAAGUAUUUUUGCCUGUCUCAUGUUUAUAGUAUUAAAGUUCAUAAUGCAUUAAAUCUUUUCCUUUUUAUUUUAAAAUGAUAUGAUAUUAUGAUAUGACAGACAAGUUGUGUGUGAUGUCCGCAUUUAGUAGAAUAAUCGUAAAUAGUCAGCCGUAUCUCGUAGCUGUUCUUUAGAAAGUAGUAAGUAUCCAGAUUAAGUGUACAUAUAUUCCAGACUAAAUAUACAUAUACUGAUGAGUAAUUUUACGAUCGAUUGAUCACUAAUUGACUAAUUUCUGUCUGAUCAAUGAGAUAAGGUAUUUUCUACCUGUUGCUUACGUAUAGAUAUUUUUAGCAAAAUUAAAUUUUAUAAUUGGAAAAACAGCUUCAUUUUUACAUAAUUUCAUUAUUUUUUUAUUUUGGCUAUUUUAACGAUAAAUUGCCAAAUAAUUUUAUUCAACUUUUGUUAAGAAAGAAAUAAUCGUUUUAUAAAAUUCUCUUAUAGGAUACAUUAACGUAAAUAAAUUUUUUUCAACGCAUCUUAUUGAAAUAAAUUGUUCACUUCAGCAAAUUGGUUAAACUCGAUAAUUGAUGAGACUUGUUUUGAAACGUAUAAAAAUAACAUAUGACGAUUGUAGGGAGUUGUGUGCAUUAUUCUAGCGUGUAAGCGAAACCAAUUGAUUCGCUAGUGUGCAAAUAUAACAACUGGGUGGAAAAGAAGCCGGAUGGAGCGGGGAUUGGGAAAAAAUAAGCAAGGAUAACGAGCUGAAUGAUGAUUGUUUAUUGAAAUAAUAUCCCAUUAGCUACCGGUGGCCAAUAUUUGGCAUAUGUAUAUAAUGGGAAAAGAACGUAGACUUGCGCGCGAGCAAGUAUACCCCGUGCUUUUGCGUGGCAGCUGUUUCAGUGCAUCAACGCGAAGGCUGCGCACAUCGUUACCCAGUCCGUGGCUUAUACGUUAGUCGGUCGUGAAGCAUCGAUCGGAGAAACAAGAGGUGCACGCGUUGAUCGGUUUUGAACGAGAAGUUACGAGGAAGCAACGUGAGAAAUUGAGUGAGAAGAAAGAAAAGGAAAAAAAAGAAGGAGAAGAAGGAGAAAAGAAAAAGAGAAGAAGGGAGAAAGGAAGAAAGAUCUGGUCCAGUGUGAAGAAUUUUGAUAAUCAUAGCGGGAAAUUGAAAGAGAUCGUUCGAUCGAUCGUUUCGAAGCAACGACGGAAACGAAAUCGACAGUCGGUGGUUCGGAUCGCUGAGCGCGAUCGUUUACUUGUGAACCGGCAACGAAUCGGUGUUUGCGGUCAAUGAAGUCACGUAAGAGCCGCGAGAAAAAGGGCGAACUUGAAGAACUCGGGGGCAUUUUAGGGGGUUCCACCGCCGGUGCCCUUGCCCUUGGCGGCAGGCACAAGCCGGAGGAGCUUUCCACAUUGGCGGCCAACACCAGAUUCUCCAGGAAGGAAAUACAGCUUAUCUAUCGCGGUUUUAAGCAGGAAUGUCCCACGGGUCUCGUCGACGAGGAAGCUUUUAAACAGAUCUUUUCACAGUUCUUCCCCCAAGGUGACGCUAGCCAGUAUGCUCAUUAUGUCUUCAACACUAUGAAGAGGAAACCGUCUGGAAAGAUAAGCUUUGAAGAAUUUUUGACCAUUUUGUCGAAAGUUUCGAGAGGAUCGGUAGAGGAAAAACUGCAAUGGAUAUUUGGACUUUACGAUCUGGACGGAGAUGGAUUGAUCAGUAAAGAGGAAAUGUUGGAUGUUGUUGGUUCGAUUUAUGAGAUGUUGGGCCGUUAUACUCAGCCACAAAUAGUCGAGCCGCAUUUAGCGGCUCGGGAACAUGUCGAUCGUAUUUUUCACUUAAUGGACGCGAACAAAGAUGGCGUGGUGACAAUCGAAGAAUUAGUACAAUGGUGUUCCAAGGACGAACAACUUUUGCGAAGUCUCGACACGCUUGAUACCGUCUUAUGAGAUCUUUAUAAUUAUUUUAUAAUCCUCACUCGAUUCCCAAGACUCACAAAUCCCUUUAAAAUUAUAAUGCAACGUUCGAACGAGUUCUAUUAGUACUUUCUAGAAAUUCGACUAUUUGGUCGUAUCAUUUAAUAUUUAAUACUUUAUGGAAGGAAUUGAAUUUCGAUUGAAAUUACUAAUUCGACUUCAUCGAACGUUGCUUGUAAAUAUGUACUUAUCCUACCUACCCAGUCUUUCAAGCGUGCUAUUGAAUGCAUGAUGAAAUUAACAGUAUUAUCCCCGAAUAGAAUUUCCUUCUUACAUCCUGCAUGUACUAAGCCUUGUGCGACUAACAAUUGUGCGACUAUUCGAUUGUCGUGCGACUGUAUUUUUAAUUUAAGAAAAAUAUUUCAGCUAAAAGAAGAAGAUGAAUUUGUGCUACAUAUAAUUUUGAUUUCGGCAUCAAAAAAUAUGAUAUCAGUAUUGUCUUGAAGGAUUAAAAUACCUUUCGUUGGUAUUAAAAUUUUAAUGGUACGAAUUUAAUAAUUCAGAGCAAGUUAUCGAGCGGUUAUGUAUGUACAAUACAGAAUUGUUAGGUAAGAUCGAUGCGAUGGGAACAAAUCAAUCUCCAGAUUCGUUAAAACGGAGACUGAACUCUAUAUUUAAACGUAACAUCUAAACUUUAAGAAAACUUUAAGAAUUUUAUCAAAUUAUGCUAUAACGUUUUUCCGUAAAAUUCACAAAGCGAUCUAAAUGCGAUCUAAUAUUUCUUAAUACUUCUAUAUUUCCUCUAAAUUUCUUUCUAAACUUCUUUCCUCUAAACUACUUUCACGAGUUAAGAAAUAUUCUGUACUUCUUCCUUUAAAUAAUUUCAUGAUGCACGUACGAAGCAGUUUUACUUUUUCACGAUCGUUCAAUUUUCUCUGAUUAAAUAAAUAAAAUAUAAAUGUACUUGAUACUGACCAUUACUAUGGUAGUUAAGUACGAUUAAAAGUAUUUUCAAGGAGCUUCGAUUAUUAUCCAUCGUUUGGGUCAUUUUGUUAUCUUGCAGCGAAUAUAAUUAUAAGAUUAUUAAUUAAAAAUUUAUUCGAAACUUUUACAUUCCAAAAUUUAAAUAUAGCUUACAAAUAAUAAAGCAUUCGAGAAAUUCGUAGAGAGAAUUUAUUCAAAGUUUGUUCGAGAUUAAUUGUUUGUUAAAUUCAGAUAUAUGCGAAUAAUAUUUGACAAUCGUUUUCUUGUAUAAAUGAAUAUAAAAGUUUUCUUCGAUCUUCCUGCUAUAUUCUUGAAUAUUUCCAGAUUCUUUAUUCAUAUUAGGAAAUAUGGCAAGAAAAUGCAAAAGUUCAAAAUAUUUAACGCUAUAAGUUAAAAGAUUCGCAUAUGUCUAUAUUAUAGAUCAUAGAUUUACAAUAUCUUCAAAGACCCAUGUACGAUGGAACAUAUAUAGUUAGUAACCCAAUAAUAGCGUAGUGCCCUCGACCAAUCAAGAGAAACGUGGUCCUCUAAGAUCAACGCCUCGUGUGAUUCUCUCGUACCUUAUUACAUUUAUUAUUACUAUCGCAUAAAAAAUAUUGUUAUUAAUAUUGUAAUUACUAUCAAAACUUAUUACUUGUCUUCUAUCAAAUUGAAGCAAGGUAUUGCGCUCGCAAUAAUGAAAAUUAUUGGCGCAUAUUCGAGAUAUUCUAAAUCUUAUGUGUACAAAUAUCAUCGAAUUUGUUGAAUUUCUCAAGUUUAUUAAAAUAUCCAUAUUAUAUUUGAAAAGAUGUGAUCUAAAAUGUUCUAUAUAAUGUCAUGUGGAUAUAAAGAGAUCAAUUCAACGUUUAUACAUUCAAUUUCUCUGGGAUAUGCAAUUUUAACUAGCAUAUUCUAUACAAAAAUAUUUGUUAUAUAUCUUAUAUCAGUUCCAUUCAGGAAUCAAUUUUUUUACAAACUCAUUGCUAAUAGAUUGCUGAUAAAUUGUAUACUUAUGUUUAUACACGUGUGUAUAACAAUUUGAAUCGAUUACUUUCAUUAUUUUUUUUAUCAAUAAUUAUAAUCAUAUUGUUAAAACAAUAAUUAUACUGUUUUAUGAUUAGAUAUUCUUCAAUUUUUUUUAUCACUGCUCAAUUUUGAUUGUUUUUUUUUUUUUGAGAUAAAUUACAUAAAUUGAAAGAUAUAUUAAAAAAAAUAGUUUUUAUAUUUAAUUAUAUUAAAUUUUAUUUAAUUUUAGAUAUUGAAAAUAUGAUGUUUAUCUUUUAAAAUAAGAUUGGUACUAAUAAUUUUUCUUUUAACAUCAUAAAUUGUACAUGAAAUAAAAAUAAUUAUAAUUAUAAAAUGCAAUAUGUAUCAUAUAUAUUAUUUUUGAUAAAUUUCAUAAUCUUUAAACUUUUUUUUAUUCUUUAUAUUUUAUUUGAAUUAAUGUAAAUGCAAACAUAAUAAAAUUCAUUUUGUUAAAGAGAAUCACAGAUUAGAAUAGACUGAUCGUUCAAUUAUGUGACAUCUAGUUCGAAGGAUAGCAACAGUAGUAUUGGAUAUGCAUCGCCGACCGAGUACGAACAAAUUCAAGCAACAUGUAUUGAAUAAAGUUUGUUGAAUAUAACAAAUAUUUUUUUAUCGAAAGAAAUUACAUCGAAUUGCAUUUUAUUCAGGAACAAUAAAUUAAUUAAUUGUUAUUUAUAUAAGAAA